GUGAAUGGAUCUUAAUCACCCUGUCGUUCAUUCUGGUCAUUUUAACGUUUCCCUUUUCCAUAUGGAUGUGCUUAGAGGUCGUCAUGGAAUAUGAGCGAGCUGUCAUCUUUAGGUUGGGCCAUAUCCGAAAAGGAGAGGCAAAAGCGCCAGGUGUGUACCUCGUCUUGCCCUGCAUCGACCACAUUAUCACAGUGGACAUGAGGACCAUAUCGUUUGAUAUUCCGCCGCAGGAAGUUCUUACCAAAGAUUCCAUGACCAUUAUUGUGGACGGGGUGGUUUAUUACCGAGUUCAGAACGCCAUCCUUUCUGUAACAAACAUUGCCUACUCUGACCUGUCCACCCGGCUCCUGGCUCAGACCACCCUGAGGAACGUUUUGGGAACCAAGAACCUCUGUCAAAUCCUCUCCGACAGAGAAGAAAUUGCUCACAGUAUGCAGGCCACACUAGAUGUAGCUACAGAUGACUGGGGAAUCAAGGUGGAACGUGUGGAGAUCAAGGAUGUGAAGCUGCCCCUCCAGCUCCAGAGGGCCAUGGCGGCCGAGGCAGAAGCUGCCCGUGAAGCCAGAGCCAAAGUAAUUGCUGCAGAGGGUGAAAUGAACGCCUCCAAGGCCCUGAAGGAAGCCGCUAUCGUGAUGACAGAGUCUCCGGCCGCCCUCCAACUCCGCUAUUUACAGACCCUGACCACCAUCGCUGCUGAGAAGAACUCCACCAUCGUCUUCCCGCUGCCCAUAGACAUGCUGCAGGGCAUCAUGAGAUUGAAGCAGCUCAGCAACUCAGCUGAGCUCAGCAACUCAGACCCCUUCUGUUGUCCAUCUGAACACGCUUUGCUUUUGAUUUGGGCUGCCUCUUCAGAAACAUCAACAAGAAAGGAGGCGGCGGCGGCGGCGGCAGCAGCCAGCGCCUACGCGGGGACGGAGCCAGACAAGGCGAGUAACAGACGGAUGGAGCGUUGGGAGCAACCGCCGCCGCCUCCAGGCGAGUUGGGCUGCGGGGUCAGUGCAGCAGCGAGGCCGGGCGAGUCUGGCUGGGCUUCAUGA